AUGGCCGCGCUGCUGCCCUGGCGCCGGGGCAAGUGGGUCCUGGUGGAGCACGAGGAGCGCAAGCGGCCGGGCAAGGGCUGGCCCCCGCGGCUGAGCUGCGCCUCGCUGCUGGCCAACCUGCUCGGCUCCUGCCCGGAGCUGUGGCCCCCGGGGGCCCUGGCGGGGCUCUUCCGCAGCAGGCGCCGGACGGCCCAGCUCAACGCUGAAGAGCCCACCUACCGCGUCUGGUACCUGGGCAACGCGGCCACCCUGCAGGCCAAGGGCGAGGGCUGUGCCGAAGCCACCGUGGAGAAGAUAUGGGCCCGUAGCCAGGGUGGUGGGCGAGGUGCCCGGAUGCGGCUGACCCUGGGGCUGCAUGGCCUCCACCUGCGGCCCACCGAGAAGGAGGUCCGCCGGCCUGGCCAUGCCUACCUGCUGCACCGCAUCACCUACUGCGGGGCCGACCGGCGCCACCCUGAGGUGUUCGCCUGGGUGUACCGGCACCAGGUCAAGAACAAGGCUGUGGCGCUGCGCUGCCACGCGGUGCUGCUCUCCAAGGCCGAGAAGGCCCAGGCCGUGGCCCGGCAGCUCUACCAGACCUCCGCCGCUGCCUUCAAUGAGUUCAAGAGCCUCCAGCGGCAGAGCGACUCUCGGCGCCUCCGACGGCAGCUCCUUGGCGAGGCCAUCGUCCCACUGGUGCCCCUGCGCAGGCUGCUCAAUGGCAAGUGCCCAUACAGGCCACCCCUGGACCGGAGCCGCAACGCCCCCCGGCUCAGCUCCAUCCAGGAGGAGGAGGAGGAGGAGGAGGAAGAGGAGGAGGAGAAGGAGAGGAAGAACAAGAGGCCCGCUGCAGCCAGGGUCUCAUCUGUACCUGGGCACUGUCCCACUGGUGCGGCACAGGAUUGGCUUGCCACCCGCACGGUCAUCUGCGCCAUUGGUGGCUUUGGCUCUGUUGGCACUGCCCUCUGGGCUGACCGCACAGCCCCUGGCCACGACGUCACCCCCAUUCCGGAUCCUGAGAUGUCCAGAGGACGUGACCGGCCAGAGAUGCAGACUUUGGUGCGGGAGUUCCAGUUCUGCACCUUGCAAGGUCCGCUGCCAAAGGAGGGUGCGACACCAUGGGUGCCCUCCCGGGAGUCCCCUUGCUUGUCCCGUUAG